AUGCGCUCGCCGCUGCCGCUGCUCGUGCUGUCCGUGUGCGCGGCGCUGUCCGCGCUGGCACCCGGGCCGUGCCGCGGGGCCCCCCUCCUCGGGGAGCCGUGCCGACGACCCCCCGCAAGGAUCACGGGUGCGCUGCCAGGGACGCAGGCCUACGUGUACGCGUGCGACGAGGCCAUCACUGACCCAGCCGCGUCGCCCUCCGGCUCGCUGGAGCACCUGUUGCUGGGGCACCUUCUGGAGCGCUUCCUGAGCGGCGCGUCAUCCUCCUCCUCCCUGCCGGAUCUCGAGGCUGUCCGCAGGAGAGGCGCCACGGUGCCGAAGCCGUACACGGUGCAGCACUUCCGGUGGGGUGUCAAGCACGGCAAGAAGCGGCGUCCCAUGAAGGGCACCGCGCAGGGUGGAGGAGAGCGCGCGCAGGCGGAUGACGGCGCCGAGGUCCCGGGGCAAGCGCAGCGACGUGAGCUGCAGGGGAAUCUGGGGACACCUUGGGACGUCUACCCGUUGCAGCAGCAACAGCAGCAACAGCAGCAGUGGAAAGGGGAUCUGCAACAGCAGCAGCAGCAGGAUCAGGAGGGUGAGGGUCAGGAGGAUCUGGAGGUGGUCGAGGCUGAGAUGCGAGAUUUCGACCACGCGGAGAAGAAACGCUACGGGGGCUUCAUGAAUCCGGCGGAGAUGUGUGACAAGAAAACGUUGCUGAAGUUCUUGAGAAAUGUCAUGGUGAACGAGCGCUAGCUAGCCCCUUGGCGUUUUGGUGAAUUCGUGUCUCGAUUCAGUUAUUUCUACCGGGGGGGUCGCCGCGUAGAAUCUUUCGCCACGACGCGAUGCCACAUUACUGUUCACGAUGUGAUGAGUAUCGCGAUGUCGACUUCCCACAAAACCUCAUCGUCAAAGUAUUUCACGAGCGUUGCGGCAUUGCCGUUGACUCGUUCGUGCUUUCGACAGUCCGGUAACGAUUGCAGGGCUACUCGUUAGGGUUUAGCAACUGCAGUUCGCGCAAUAUUAUCAAUCCCUUGCCACGAGUAGCAAACCCCAUUCGUUAACCACCGCAACGUUUACAAUCUAAAACGCACGUGCUGUCAGUUCAACAAUGCCCGCAUUUUAACACGUAGGCUUUCGCGACCAAUAUCAUCCAUAAUACAGGUGUUUUGUGUUAGAUCGCGUAAAUAUAUAGAUGUGUCGUUAAACCCUCCACCACCCGACAGAGCCGAUUAGUCAGGUUUGUCACGUAAACAGAACAUGCCAAUUCGUCACUAGUACAGCAUAUCGGUGUGUUGGAGAGCCAAGCCACAACAUUUACAAUCUGAGUACGACGUUUCGCCAGUAAUUACAACUAGCUUCAUCAGGCGCCACAACAUUUACAAUCUGAGUACGACGUUUCGCCAGUAAUUACAACCAGCUUCAUCAGGCGACAGCCAGAUUUGUGGAGAAGUCCACCUGUUUCGUUCCUUACAUCGCGGCGUAGAUGUGAUUACAACACCUGUGCUCUCUUCUUGCGCAAAGUGGGGGAGGAUUCAUGAAUCAACGUACACCAAGUAUGCGCAUUAUGCGUGCCCAUCGAUCUCAUACUUCUUGUGCAUUGCGUUUACAAAAAUAGCCAUACCAACAACGGUAAUCACCUAUUGAAGUAUGGUGCUCUGUAUAGACAUGCAUUUAAACAAUGUAUUAUUUGAUGAUUCACUUCCACGCGGCAGUAAGUCGGUAGCUAUCCGAACGAACCAAAUAAUAAUUCCUGCAGUCACG